AUGGAAGCCCCUGAUACGUUCCCCACAGUCGAGCUAUUGCAGCCAGCGGUCAUCAGUCGUCCCGGCCCUGUGAAUGGGAACGCGGAAGGGGUCUUCCAAACCAUCUCAGACGGCAAUUAUCCAUCGCACGAUCAAUCUAGUCAACCGCUGCACUUGUACUACCAGAACGUUGGAGGCAUGAACAUGCACAUCACCGACUUUUUGCUGGCUUGUUCGGAUGAUUGCUUCGACAUCAUCGCUCUUUCGGAGACGUGGCUCAGUGAUUGUACGCUCUCCGUUCAAGGUUUUGGAUCCAACUACGAAGUCUUCCGUACCGAUCACAGCCCCUUAAAUAACUCAAAAACUAUUGGAGGCGGGGUGCUUAUCGCAGUGCAUCGUCGUAUGAAGGCGCAACUGAUCGAAACCGCAUCUGGUAAAUGCGUCGAGCAGGUUUGGGUGCGUUUGAAACUGGUCAAUUUUUCCCUUUACCUUUGUGUGAUAUAUCUUCCUCCGGACCGAUGCCGCGAUCUACCGCUAAUCGAUGCACAUAUACAAUCGUUGCAAGAAAUUACUUCCACUCAUGUACUACCCGUAGAUGAAAUCUUGAUUGUGGGAGACUUCAACUUUUCCAGCAUAAAAUGGCAAACAAGUUCCGGUGGUUUCUUCUUUCCUGAUCCGGCGCUCUCCACUUUCCACAUUGGCAUUACAACCAUGCUCGACGGCUACAACCUCAACCUUCUUCGACAGUCGAAUCCUGUCGUUAAUGAAAAUAACCGGAUGUUGGAUCUUUGCUUUUCAAGUAGAGAAGAUGUUGCACCAAAGAUUAGUGCUUCACCGUUCCCUCUGGUCAAUUCCGCUCGUCAUCAUCCUCCACUACAUAUUGUGCUCGAUUCAAAUCGCUUACAGAACGCCUGCAUUCCAACGGACAUCAUCUGCUAUAAUUUUAGUAGAACCGACUACACCAAUAUGACCGACUUCUUGACGCAAAUCGACUGGGAUGAAGUUCUCGACAACGAUGAUGUCAAUGCUGCUGUGCAGACGUUUUCUAAUGUUAUGAGCUACGCAAUCGACUACUAUGUACCGAAACGAUCGAGACGGCAGACCCGGCAUCCACCAUGGCUGACUGCGGAAGCGAGACAUCUGAAAACGACCAAAAGAGCCGCUCUAAAGAGGUAUUCUAAACAUGGAGGAUUUUCCCUCCCUGAAGAGAAGAAGGUCCUACGCCGGGGUCAUAAGAAGCAUCAGCGUCAGUCGACAAAAGAGCAAACGGAUUGUUAG